AUGGCUCGUGCGUUUAUUCACACUAAUCCCCAUAUGCCCGAUGGGUACCUUCUUUUGGCUCGUCACUACCGUCAACAAGAUCAAUUGAACAAUGCAUUGGAGAUUUAUCAACAAGCGCUUGCCAAAGUACCACAUGACAACGUAUACUAUCGCCUUCUUCGAUCCGGAUAUCAAGCAACCACACGUUUACAGCUGAGAUCAUCAUCCAACAGCAACAAUGGUAGCCAUGGCAACAACAACAAUGAACGUAUCCCAUACGACAUCACCAUGAUGAUUUUCGAGUACCUUGAUUUACGUGAUCUCUUUACGUGCAUGGGAGUUUGUCGUCAAUGGUGUUACAACAUUCUAGACUGGCCCGUUAUGUGGGAGACAUUUGCAACUCGCUAUCCCGAAACAUACAUACCACGAGUGUACGAUGCAUCAACCGAUACGCAUUUCAACGAGCUCAGGCUUAAUGUUUCAUCGGUGGAUAUUUGCACCGACAUGGAUACUUGGAUUAAUCUCCUUUACUACAUGAAAAGCUCAGCUGUCCAAUCCUUAUAUUUGGAUUUUAAAGAUCAGUCCUUUCUCGAUGACGCUCAACUAGAAACGCUUUUAUUAUCGCUAGCAGGUGCAAUCCAAUGCAUUAGCCCACAUCUCAAACGCAUCACUAUAUAUGAUCCACCGGCAUCCAAGAGUGAUCUGCUGACGACUGUGCUUGAAAGUUGUAUCGAUCUUGAACAUGUGGCUAUACAAGUGAACCCUGCAUGGAGAGGCCGCACUACACGCCGUGCUCCCACGCCCAACAACACGUGUAGCUAUUCAAGAAGACCCCUUCAAUUAGCUCUUCCUUUUUCCUUGACUCGAUUGGAGUUGUCGAUGGAUUAUCCUUGGAGAAACAAGCAAGAUCACCAUCUCUUAAUGGAUAUCAUUCGACGAUGCCCGCAAUUGAAUCAUCUCACACUUGAUGCAGAUGACUAUAUCAAUCAUGGUGCUAUUAUACGGCAAGCAACGGUAUCAUGCCCUAUGCUCAAGACGUGUAUUGUGAAGCACAAUGACGCUCGUUCUCCUCGACGUUUCCAUCAACAACAUAGUCAUUCCGCAUCCAAAGAUCAUCAUGGCCUAGAAACACUUGUCGUGACUGGAUGGCAUGUACAAGGCAAUCCAGAUGAUUUAUACAGCCUCUUUUCCAAGCAUCACAAAACAAUCAAGCAUUUGCGUCUGGAUUGCGAUACUCGUCUUGUGAAUGCAAAAUUCUUGGCUCAAGUGGGUGCACUUGGUUUACCAAACCUUGAAGAAUUACAUUUGGCCACUGCUGGAGAAACCGAACAGGCAUCGAUGACCGUAAAGGAUAGCAUCGAGGCCUUGUUAUCAUCCUGCCCCCAAUUAGCAACACUCGAAGUCAAUGGACCCAUCGAUGAACAAGAUACCCAACAUCGUCAACAACAUACCACCACUGCUAUUAGCAAGCAUCCAUACCCUGCAAUGCAUCAUCUCAUACUCAGGACACCCUUGAUUCAAUCAUUUCUUUUGCAAUCCAACUGCGCAUCGGUAAGAAUCCCAGCGUUUGAACGACUUGAAUUAGUUGGCAUAGACAUAACUGAUAAUGUCAUGUCCAUCGUCAAAGAUAUGGUUUCGCUCAAAUACGCUCAACUAAUGGGUUGCAAGGUGAACGCAAAAACGGAAUCCGAUAACGAGAAAGCCUCCUUGGCAUCAUCACACAAUGAAGACAAGCAACACCACCAUCACAUCAAGAAUUGA